CAGGACCGCGCGACUGGCCGGCCGAGCCCUGGGCCGGCCGCGGGAGCAGGGCCCGGGAUGGCGCUCUCCCUGACGGGGCUCAUUGCCUUCUCCUUCCUGCAAGCCACCCUUGCCCUGAACCCUGAGGACCCCAACGUGUGCAGCCACUGGGAGAGCUAUGCUGUGACUGUCCAGGAAUCGUAUGCACACCCCUUCGAUCAGAUCUAUUACACACGAUGCACAGACAUCCUCAACUGGUUCAAGUGCACCAGGCACCGGAUCAGUUAUAAGACGGCGUAUCGGAGAGGCCUCCGGACCAUGUACCGGCGGAGGUCCCAGUGCUGCCCUGGCUACUAUGAGAAUGGAGACUUCUGCAUACCCCUGUGUACGGAGGAGUGUGUGCACGGCCGCUGCGUUUCCCCGGAUACCUGCCACUGCGAGCCUGGCUGGGGAGGGCCCGACUGCUCCAGCGGCUGCGACAGCGACCACUGGGGGCCCCACUGCAGCAACCGGUGCCAGUGCCAGAACGGCGCCCUGUGUAACCCCAUCACAGGCGCCUGCGUGUGCGCCGCCGGCUUCCGUGGAUGGCGCUGCGAGGAGCUCUGCGCGCCUGGCACCCACGGCAAGGGAUGCCAGCUGCCGUGCCAGUGCCAACAUGGUGCCAGCUGCGACCCCCGCACCGGCGAGUGCCUCUGCGCGCCUGGCUACACCGGCGUCUACUGCGAGGAGCUGUGCCCUCCUGGGAGCCAUGGAGCUCACUGUGAGCUGCGCUGCCCCUGCCAGAAUGGGGGCACCUGCCACCACAUCACUGGCGAGUGUGCCUGCCCCCCAGGCUGGACGGGAGUAGUGUGUGCCCAGCCCUGCCCACCAGGGACAUUUGGCCAGAACUGCAGCCAGGAUUGUCCUUGCCACCAUGGAGGGCAGUGUGACCACGUGACUGGACAGUGCCACUGUACAGCUGGAUACAUGGGGGACAGGUGCCAAGAGGAGUGCCCCUUCGGGACCUUCGGCUUCCAGUGCUCGCAGCGCUGUGACUGCCACAAUGGGGGGCAGUGUUCACCCACCACGGGUGCCUGCGAGUGUCAGCCUGGCUACAAGGGCCCACGCUGCCAGGAGCGACUGUGCCCGGAGGGCCUGCAUGGCCCAGGCUGCACCCUGCCCUGCCCCUGUGACGCUGACAACACCAUCAGCUGCCACCCAGUAACUGGAGCUUGUACCUGCCAGCCAGGCUGGUCUGGUCACCACUGCAAUGAAUCCUGCCCUGUUGGCUACUAUGGCGAUGGCUGCCAGCUGCCUUGCACCUGUCAGAAUGGCGCCGACUGCCACAGCAUCACUGGGGGCUGCACUUGUGCUCCGGGCUUCAUGGGAGAGGUCUGUGCUGUUUCUUGUGCAGCAGGAACCUACGGCCCCAACUGCUCGUCCAUCUGUAGCUGUAACAAUGGUGGCACCUGCUCCCCAGUAGAUGGCUCCUGUACCUGCAAGGAAGGGUGGCAGGGCCUGGACUGCACCCUGCCGUGUCCCAGUGGGACGUGGGGCCUGAACUGCAACGAGAGCUGCACCUGUGCCAAUGCGGCAGCCUGCAGCCCCAUAGACGGCUCCUGCUCCUGCACCCCUGGCUGGCUGGGAGACACCUGUGAGCUGCCUUGCCCGGAUGGCACAUUUGGGCUGAACUGCAGUGAACACUGUGACUGCAGCCAUGCUGAUGGAUGUGACCCCGUCACAGGCCACUGCUGCUGCCUGGCCGGAUGGACAGGCAUCCACUGUGACAGCACGUGUCCACCUGGCCGCUGGGGCCCCAACUGCUCCGUCUCCUGCAGCUGUGAGAAUGGAGGCUCCUGCUCCCCAGAGGAUGGGAGCUGCGAGUGUGCCCCUGGUUUCCGAGGACCCUUAUGCCAGAGAAUCUGUCCCCCUGGGUUCUAUGGCCACGGGUGUGCCCAGCCAUGCCCCCUCUGCGUGCACAGCAGCGGGCCCUGCCACCACAUCAGCGGCAUCUGUGAGUGCCUCCCAGGAUUCUCUGGAGCUCUCUGCAACCAAGUGUGUGCUGGAGGACACUUUGGGCAGGACUGUGCUCAGCUCUGCUCCUGUGCCAACAACGGGACCUGCAGCCCUAUCGACGGCUCCUGCCAGUGCUUUCCUGGAUGGAUUGGCAAGGACUGCUCACAGGCUUGCCCACCCGGGUUCUGGGGCCCUGCCUGCUUCCACGCAUGCAGCUGCCACAACGGGGCGAGCUGCAGCACCGAGGACGGGGCCUGCCACUGCACCCCUGGCUGGACUGGACUCUUCUGCACACAGCGCUGCCCAGCAGCAUUUUUUGGGAAGGACUGUGGGCGCGUAUGCCAGUGUCAGAAUGGCGCCAGCUGUGACCACAUCAGUGGCAAGUGCACCUGCCGCACAGGCUUCACCGGGCAACACUGUGAGCAGAGAUGUGCCCCAGGAACCUUUGGCUAUGGGUGUCAGCAGCUAUGUGAGUGCAUGAACAACUCCACCUGUGACCAUGUCACCGGCACCUGUUACUGCAGCCCUGGCUUCAAAGGAAUCAGGUGUGACCAAGCUGCCCUCAUGAUGGAGGAGCUGAAUCCCUACACCAAGAUCAGCCCAGCACUGAGUGCAGAGCGGCACUCGGUGGGUGCUGUCACAGGCAUCAUGCUCCUGUUAUUCCUCAUUGUGGUGCUGCUGGGCCUAUUUGCCUGGCAUCGGCGGCGACAGAAAGAGAAGGGCCGAGACCUGGCUCCCCGUGUCUCCUACACACCUGCCAUGAGGAUGACCAGCACCGACUACUCCCUCUCAGAUUUGUCUCAAAGUAGCAGCCAUGCCCACUGCUUUUCCAAUUCCAGCUACCACGCACUGGCAUGUGGGGCGCCUGCCACCAGCCAGGCCAGCACUCUGAACAGGAACAGCCCCACCAAGCUCAGUAACAAGUCCCUUGACAGAGACACGGCAGGCUGGACCCCCUACAGCUAUGUGAACGUGUUAGACUCCCAUUUCCAGAUCAGUGCCCUGGAGGCCAGGUACCCGCCCGAGGACUUCUACAUUGAACUUAGACACCUCAGCCGCCCCGCUGAGCCACACUCACCAGGUGCUUGUGGAAUGGAUAGACGUCAGAACACAUACAUUAUGGACAAAGGCUUCAAAGAUUACAUGAAAGAAUCCGUGUGCAGUUCUAGUACUUGUUCCUUGAAUAGCAGUGAAAACCCUUACGCCACAAUUAAGGACCCACCCAUCCUCACCUGCAAGCUUCCAGAAAGCAGCUAUGUAGAAAUGAAGUCGCCUGUGCACAUGGGGUCUCCGUACACAGAUGUGCCAUCCUUGUCGACAUCUAAUAAAAAUAUAUAUGAAGUUGAGCCCACAGUCAGUGUGGUCCAAGAAGGUUGCGGUCAUAACUCCAGCUAUAUCCAGAAUGCAUACGACCUACCUAGGAACAGCCAUAUUCCUGGUCAUUAUGACCUCCUCCCAGUAAGACAGAGCCCUGCCAAUGGGCCGUCCCAGGACAAGCAAUCUUAAGAGGGAUAAGCUUCUCUCUUGCAGUGUGCUCUACUGAAUAUUCUGACUCUGAAAGAAGACAAUCCCUUGACUUGAAGUAAUGGUACAGACUGGCUCCAGCUGCAAGUUAGUUAUUACGUUCACCUGGAACUAAAGAAGAGCGUCCAGGUGGGACUGGGAUAAUUGUUCAGGGAAUUGUGUUCUCAAAGGCAAAUCCUAUCACCCACUCAGCCCCAAAUGCCCUGGAUUAUAUGAUUUUUAAAACAUUUUAAGAUAUAGCUACUCAUCAACAUCAGCUAAAUACAGCUGACAUAUAUAUUUAUAUUUAUCUGAAACGUGAUAUUUUAAAAACAUGUAGGUUUAACCUUCCUAGGACAAAAAGGAGACUGGGGAGGGAAGAGGAUUACUUUAAAGCACCUGAAACGUAUAUGUACUUUUGGUUGCUGUUACCAUCAACAUCUGUUUUAUUACCGAAGACAAUUAGUACAUAGACAUGAACUGUUCUUAAACAGAACAGUCUUAAAAUAUCUGUACAUAUAUGUUUGGUCCAUCAAAUUACAACAGCCAAGAUUACAGAAUCUAUGUAGUCUAAUGCUGACAACUUCCAUUUUAAAAAGCAAGACUUUUCUUCUGCCCCCUAAGUGAUAGGUUUAAACACACAUAGACACACACACACACGUUUCCAAAGUGCAGCAGUGUCUCUUUCAGUCUACAACAAGAUUCCUAGGGCUGCUUUAUCAAAUUUUGCCAAUUCAAAGUUCAAGGACAUUACAAGUUAGUCCUGGCUUUGUCAUAUCUACUUAGUCCCUCCAACACCUGAAUCAUUCCAUGUAAAACAGAGCUCUAAGAUGAUCCUUUAAGUAAGCAGUCAUAGACUGGUCGGGAUUAAGUAUCCCUAAAGACGGCUAGUUGGCCUCCUCAUUUUAUUUGGUCAGCAUCCCUUGACUCAAAAAGAGUACCUGCUUUCAAGUUCUUCAUAAAUCUUGAGACUGACAUAGUAUGAAACCUAAAAGUAUACAGGAAAUUGGACAAAUGUGGAUACAGCAAGUUUACACUGCUUAAAGUACAUUAUUAUGCUUUUUGAAGGAACUAAAUGAUCAAAAAAAAGAAUGGACUGUAACCAGUUGCUGUAACGUGAUGUAAAAAUGUUACUGUAAACAGCAUGAGGAUAUGAAGCCCUUCCACCUUCUAUCUUAAAACUACUACUUACUGAGCUAGCCCAAUAUGCAUUACAAUGAGCCAAUGCUCCAGAUCCCAGUAUUCAGAUGUGUCUAUACCUUCCACUAUGAACAUAGAUAAACUAAGGCUCAGAUAAGUCCAAAUGAAGUCAACUCCCAAGCCCUAAAGAGAAGUUUCUCACAAGAAUUAAAACCAAAAAGGGCAAACCUAGGAAGCUAAUGGCUACUCCUGUACCACUCUAUUCACUGGUACAGUCCAGCCAGUAAAAAACACUUCCAAAAAGAUAUACAAAAGAGGAACUAAAUGACUGCAAAGCUGGAAUACUGCUACAGGAAGUAUGAGAGUUCUGAAACCCUUGAUAGAAACUGGAAGCUUGCCAUGGAACACAAUAUUUUGUGCAAUAAUCAGAAAAAGCAAAAAAAUAAAUAAAUGAGUACAUCUCCCCUUCCCACGUCACUCAAGGCAUAAGCAAAUUUUACUGUUAGAGGACAAUAUAUAAUACUUACAUGAAUGCUGCAUGUGUGCAUGGGAGCAACUGAUUAGCAAUAGUAAAUUUACUUUCCAAAAAAGCCUUAUUAAAAUAUAAAUAUUAGAAAAUUACUUUGUAGACCCAAGUAAAUCUUUCUCAUACAUAUGUAGAAAGAAAUGUAGGUAAGCAGCUUACCUCAGUAUUUCAGGGCAGCAAGUGUUUGUGAAGGAAGGAUGAAGAAGCAUGAAGAUGUCAGAUCAGCAAGGAGAAACUUCCAACUCAGUCCCAGGUUUUCUCUUCUUCCCUUAUCCUGCAUGUAUAAUAACUGCUGCCUGGCAAACUGCAAACAAGCAGCAUCACUCAAGUUUGAAGUUUCGCCCCUUUUGUCAACUAUCCUCUGGGCAAAGGUAUUCAGCAAGAGGUGGAAUGGCUAGGCACUGAAUCAAGAGAUUUCAGUGUUACUCUGGUCAAGUUAGUUGCCCUCUCUGGGCCCCUUUUUUUUCUAUGCAUAAAAAGGGGAGAAGCAGAGAGUGGGAAGACAGCUCUACUAACCCUUCAGCUCUAGCAUUCCAUGACUUUUUAAGGAAAUGUAAUACAAGUCAAACCAGGCAAUAGAGAGGAGAAGGGAAAGGCAGAGGGUGUGAUUAUGGUGACAAUAGCUGCCUUCACCUAUCGAAGAGUUAUCAGUAAAAGACAUUUCAAUCUUACAAAGCAACUGUUAGAAACUUCUGUCUAACACCAUCACAAAUAGGUUCAUGGUCAGCCUAAACAUGUGCACUGUGCAUUUUAUGGGUGACUUUGAAAGAUCUGUUCAAUUAUUUUUCAGAAACUAAAUUUUCAAAAAAUUAAUAUGUGUACAAUUAAAAUGAAUGAAAGAAAAACCAUUAUUGUACAGUGGUAUUAACGAGACUAUGAAAUGGCAAUACUUUUUUAAAUCACAGAUUUGUAAUAUAUAUGUUCACUGUGCAGAGGGAUUGUACCUUGUACAAAAUAAAACAAAUUUCUCAAACUAA